AUGAAAGGUCUGUUAAUUUUCGACCAUCUCAAUGAUGUCUUGUUUACAAAGUGUAAUAAAAAAUUUACUAAUCAUAUGGAAAGUUUGGCAAAAUUACAAGGAUUGAUAUCUGAAGAGGAUGAAAAUUCAAUCCAACUGAGUGGAAAUAUUUUAAUGCAACUAUUUUCACCGAUAGUUACGUCCCAGCAAAUUAAAAUCAAGCAAGCACAAAGCUCAGCUGGUCUCUUCCCUUCUGGACGCUUGGAAAGAGCUCCGCGAAGAAGAGCAAAGUCUUUUAACAGAAUCAGUUGAACAAUUGUCCGUAAAUGCAGACUUAGCAUCAUCAACUUUAAAAAUCCUACGUGACGCAGCCGACAAACUGAAAGCCCAGUCAGAUUUUCCCAACGUGCAUGUGCUAGUAUUAGUAGACCACAAAUUUCUGUCCUUAUACUCAACAAAAAACGCCCAGGACCUCAACGCAGCAGACAUUCUGCUGAUGGUCCUGUUGUGUAAAGUUAUCAGCGACAAUGCAAAGCCCGAGGGAGCAGAAGCUGCGGACUUGCUCUGGAGCCAAAGUAAUUCUUCCCCGGAAGAGCCGCUGAGCAUCGACAGCAAGCUAGCGAACCCCACGUCAGCUGACAUAAUGCACUUGUUCAACGAUUCAAGAGAUUCUUCAGUGAAUGAAGGUCUUUGCUCGCUAACCGAGGACGGUCUGUACAGCCAGCUAGUUCUGCUAGGCUCAGAGCAAACUCGGACGGCAAAUGUGGUUCAUAUAUUCCAACUGAGUCCAGGAAUAAAUUUACUGACCAUCAUGGAAGUGACCAACCAGGCGAUAUCUUCCGGACUUUACGAGGGCUUUUAUCACCUGAAUGUCGCGAGUUCUCUGCAAUCUCAAAGAGACUUUGACGAGCUGCGGCCGAGCUUCGAUUCAUUUGACUCUGCGAUUAAAAAAACUGUUGAUGGGAUCAAGAAAUACCGGUCGCAUGUCAACAACGACGUGGACAUGUGCCAACGCAGGCUCCAAGUAAAGUGGGAGUUCUUGAGGCGCAAGUACAUGGACUUCUUCAAGCAACACGACUCGGAAUCUCUCCUGCAAAUAGAGUCCAACAUGCCGGGACUAAUUGAUACCAUGACAGAGUUACUCAGGCUGACUUGCUUCGACAGGAGUGUCUUAAAACUCGGCUGCGAUGUUAUUGUCACAGUCAGCAGGCUAGUGCGCCAGAAAUUCAAUGACUUCAGCGACUUUCUUAAAGUCAAAGCGCUGAAAAAUUUCUCACUUGGAUCGAGAACUUCCCUAACAAUCAACAAAUAUCUUGAAGAGUUUCCCGGGCUGGUGCACUUUAUUUACAUCGACCGCUCCACUCACCGGCUCACGGCGCCCACGUUGGAUUUUACUAAUUUGGAAACUCUCGCGCUGACGAAGAAGAAAAUUUGGGCGAUGAUUGAUCAGAGCAGGAAUCAUCUUCAGGAAGGACACUUUUCGGUUAUGUGGAAGGAUACUACUUUUAAUUACGCGUAUUUUCUUUGGUUUGAAGAUAGCUCUGGAUCUCCACUAAAAUGCAAGACUUACUUAAACCAACAAAUGAAAACUCUACCAGUACCAGGAAUACUCUGCGGUGAUUACUACAAAAAAUUAUCGCAAAUUUACUUUCCAAAAGUGUCAUCAAAUAAAAUGAGGAUUUACGAACUCUACUGUGUUCAUCUUGGCCUGGCAACGUCCUCGUGUGUCCUCGAGCACUCGCGAAGACUUGCAGCGACCAUCUGGGAAAUUACCGGGCUUCCUAAUAACCCAGCUGAUAUUUUAUAA